AUGUUCGAAGCCUUUUGCAUAGCAAUACUAGGAGGCUGCGAGUUGUGGUUUAUUGACAGUCAGUACACGCGUGGGAGGUGUCCCAGAGGUAUGGAUCAUGAAAGGUUCUACCAGAAUGAUAUGAUUGUCCUAGCAAAACCUGAUCCCAUUGAUAUGGUACAAGCAAUCCAGAAGGCAAUAUCCAUGCUUCCGACAAUCAAUCCACAAGCUAUGCAUCACCGUGUAAGUCAAUUAUACAGUUGGCAUGAUGUUGCUAGAAGGACAGAGAUUGUCUAUGACCGUGCUUUGAGGUGUCCAAAUCAGAAUCUUCUGGAACGACUUUCCCGGGAAGGGGGGGGGGGUAGAGCAGUUAACUAA